AUGGCUGCUGGUCAGGGUGGCGCUCCUAACGGGGUUGCCGGCCGUGGUGGUGCCGCCUUUGGUGCUGCCGGCCGUGGGACGGGUGCUUUCGCGGGAGAUCACCGCAAUCCUCCCCGUGGUCAAUGGGGAGAUGAUGGCUACGACGCGUAUGGUCAGGGACUGCACCGAGGUUCGUCGUCCACAGGUGGUGGGCGAGGUUAUGCUUGGAAUGAUCAGGGUCAUGCUGGCCAGGGUUUUCAGGGACCGCCGGGGAAUUUCGUCGAGGGCGCGGUUGGCCCCAGCCGCUUCCGAGGGCGCUUCCGUGGUGGGCGAGGACGCUUCCGGGGUGGACGUGGUGGGCGUACUUUGCCCGGUGCCGACUCGGACCUUUCUGACAUGGCCACUGAUGAGGCGUCUCUGAACCAGACGGUGGUGGAGACGGCUAAAGCUCUUGCUGAUGUGGUUGUCCCGAUGGUACCACAGUCGGAGGAUGCUACGUCUGAUAAAGGCUCAGAGAAGGCCGGAGGUGACAAGCUGUCUAAGUGGGCGGCUAAGAAGAAGAAAUUAGUUUGUUUCCGCUGUGGGGAGACGGGUCACUUCAUGGUGGACUGUUCUGCUGAGUUAUGUGAGAUUUGUCGGAAACCUAAGCAUGUGGGGGCUGAGUGUCCGCUUCUUCUCGGGCCCAAAACGACGCUUAAUAUCUACGGGCUAUGUUGCUCUGAGUUGAUGUUCUUUGAGUCACCAAGUGUGGCUUCGAUGACUCCGGUAGUUGAAACCUCCUUCCCUGGGGUGGUCAAAGUGGUCACCGGACCGCUCACCGAAGCCCAGAUUAUUCAGCAGUUACGGGAGUUGGCUCCAGGAAAUUUCAACUGGUCCUUGUUGAAGCUUUCUGAUAAUUCUUAUAAAGUGGAUUUUCCAUCUAAAGAGGAUCAGAAGAGGAUCCUCAAGUUUGGCAUGAGUCGAGUUACUGGAACUAGCUUUGUGUUGCAGUUUGAUGAGUGGAAGAAGAAGGAGCCGCAGGGCACAUCACUGACUCAGAUCUGGGUUCGCUUUUCGGGGGCACCGUCCGAACCAUUGGAUGAUUUUUUUGUCACGUGGAGCUUGGGGUCCUUGCUCGGUAAGACUGAGCAGGUGGACAUGCCUUUUACUCGUGCUCACGGUGUUGCUCGUCUGUUGAUUAGCGUGGCCAACAUUCAGUUCUUGCCAGAUGUGGUCAGAUGGUGUUAUGAGGGGUUUGCUUACAUGUUGAAUGUCGAGUAUGAGGACCCGGACUUGUUUCAGGAUUUUGAGGAGUUGCUACCUAUGGAUACCUCUGAGGGGGGUGGCGCUUCUGGGCACCGGGGAGAGGAUGCACCCGGUGACGGUGACAGGGAUUCCAGGCCCGUGGAAUCGCCUAAACCAACUGAGUCUGCUAGGGGGAAAACUACGGGCUCGGCACCAUCCAAUAUGCUUCAGCUUGGUUCUGUUGGGGCUUUCUCUGCACCUUCGCGUCUUUGGAGUGAUCGUGUGGAGUUGGAUGAUCCGUCUGAGCACGUGCCACCGGUGAUGCCGGAGGAUUUGACGACUUUGGAGGACAGACUGACUGUUCAGGAGGUGCUUCCUUCUCCGUCACCACCUGUUCCGCGGCUGGACUUGACUAUUCUGGACGACUCGGUGGAGCUAGCCAGGAGUAUGGUCAGGACCAGCGCUGCUCUUUCGCUCACCUCGGCCCGGAAGGCCGUGGACGGGUCCAGCAGGCAUGAGGUGUUUUCGCCGGCCGACACGGCUAGGGAGGCGUCGACGCCGCUUCUCGCAGCCGUUGGUGCGUCCGGACUGGGGGUACAUGCCUCACCGGCCCCCACAGCGUUGGGAGGGCUGGGUGGGGCCUCUGCAGAUUCUGCCCACGCUUCGGUGCGCGGCGGCCGGGCCGCUCCGGAGCCGGCGACUGCUGGCGGAUCGCCGGUGUUCACGCGGCAGGCAGUAACGUCGGUUACUACUUCUGCGCCGGUGACGGCGGCUCAGGGCGUCGCUGUGGGGGGAGGGGCAGGUGGUCUCUCCCUGUGCAGGGCUUCUCGCGAUGAGGUCAUCGCUUUUGGUGGCAUCCCGGACCCUGUCUCCCAGGGGAGGCGGAUCAGCGGGCGGUUGCAGGAGCAGCCGGACGUCGACGACAUUCAACUACGGUGCUCUGUGAGAGCGGCCAAGUUGCAGGACGUCGAAACCACCACUGGUAUGUCAGUCAUUAAGUCAAAUUCCAUUUUGCAUUUCACUGACAAUGAGAUCAUUAAUAAUGCAAAUCAGCUAGGAAUUUCACUUGGUAAUAAUGAUAGUCAGAUUGCUAAAUCAGUCAACGACAUUCUUGAUUUAGAAGCUGAGCGUGCGGUAGAUAUGAUUCGUCACAUAGCUGCGGUUAAACCAAUGAAUGAUUCGGAGAUUGAUGCGCUUGGGGUGAGGGUCCUAGAUGGUAUGUGUGCCGAUCUUGACCCUGAUGGUCUCGAGGCGGAGGAAGACUCACAUCCUGAUACUUCUCUCCAUGUUGAUGAGCAUUUAGAGAUGGAUGCUGAGGAUGAGGGUCAUAUCCCGGUGGUUGAUAUAGUCAAGCCUAAGCGGACAUGGAAAAUAAAGGUUUAUCCAGUCUCCGCAAUAGAUGCGGAGAUGAAGCUUAAAAAGCUUCUCCGUGAGGAGGAAUUGAAGUGGGCUUUGCGAGCCAAGGUUCGCAAAAUCGUAGAAGGCGAGGAUAACACUCAAUUCUUUCACAUGAUUGCGAAUGGAAAGCAUCGGAAGAAGAGAAUUUUUCAAUUAGAACAAGAUGAAGGAACCAUAGUUGGUCAGGAUAAUCUCAAAGAAUACAUUACAAAUUAUUACAAGCAGUUGUUUGGUAACCCGGUAGAGACUUUUGUGGCGUUGGAUGAGUCUAGGGUUGAGGAUGUGCCUCAACUUGAGACCGCCGAGAACGAGCUAUUGACUGCUCCUUUUUCGGAGAAAGAGGUGUUUGAGGCUAUUUCUCAAAUGGAGAACAACAAGGCUCCAGGUCCGGAUGGGUUUCCGGCGGAGUUCUACAAGAAGUGUUGGCAUUUUAUCAAGGGUGACUUAAUGCCCAUGUUUCACGAGUUCUUUGAGGGUCAGCUACAAUUGUUCAAGCUGAAUUUUGGGACGAUUACUCUUCUGCCUAAGAAGACGGACGCUGUUCGGAUCGAGCAGUUUCGACCCAUCUGUUUGCUAAAUGUCGGGCAAAGGAUGCAGGACAGGUAG